UGCGCAGUACGCGUACGGUGGCCGGGGGGCGGAUGCCGCAGCUUCCCUUCGGCCGGCGACAGAGGCAGCGCCCUCAGAGGAAGGAGAGACCGCGCUCAGGAUAAAGGAUGCAGACGAUCAAGUGUGUGGUGGUGGGCGACGGGGCGGUGGGCAAGACCUGCCUCCUCAUCAGCUACACCACCAACGCCUUCCCCGAGGAGUACAUCCCCACUGUCUUCGACAACUACAGCGCCCAAAUGACAGUGGAUGGCAGGAUGGUCAGCCUGAACCUGUGGGACACGGCUGGUCAAGAAGAGUAUGACCGCCUGCGCACCCUUUCCUACCCGCAGACCAACGUCUUCGUGAUUUGCUUUUCCAUCGGGAGCCCCUCCUCAUACGCCAAUGUGCGGCACAAGUGGCACCCUGAGGUGUCCCACCACUGCCCCAACGUGCCUAUCCUCCUGGUGGGCACCAAGAAGGACUUGCGGAACAACGCGGAGACGGUGAAGAAGUUGAAGGAGCAAAGCCUGGGGCCCACUACCCCGCAGCAGGGGACCUCACUGGCCAAGCAGAUCGGGGCAGUCAAAUACCUGGAGUGCUCUGCGUUAAACCAGGAAGGGGUACGCGAAGUCUUUGCGGAAGCCGUGCGGGCCGUUUUGUAUCCCGUGACCAAGAAGAACUCCAAGAAGUGCCUCCUGUUGUAGUCGCCGGGCAUUGUGGGGCAGAGACCGAGGGCUUGGCAAGUUUGCGGGCCGCCUCCUUAAUCUAAUUGCGUCUUGCACUAAUGGCUUUAAGUGAGAUUCCUUUCAGCAAGUACUCCUGCAGCUCAGGUGGCGAAUCCUGCGGACUGAAAUGGAGAUCUUGAUUCCACUUUUGAAGAAUUAUGCCUGGCCACCAAGUUCUCAACGUUUUCCGCUCGGCAACCAUUCUUUCACUCUUUUGGGGUCAGAGAAGGGCUUGCUUCCAAGCCAAGCACUGUCUUUGCUAUACAAACCUAAGAUAUUGGCCUUUUGAAAGAGACAACUAUAUGUUUUGCUUUACAGGUUGCUGCUGCUUUUCCUCAAAUGUCAACCAUCUUCUGUGUAGACAGGGUUGUGCCUUUCUGAUAUGUCAACAGAGAAGCUGAAUGAAAAUGUUCAAAAAUGCCUUGUGAGUUUUAAAACCUGCUCCAUUGUGGCAUGUGAGACCCAGCAUAAACGAUAUGUAAAAACCGAUGUCAGAAUCAGAGAGGGAUGGAGAACUGUUGAAAGGCUUUGAAUAGGAUCAAUAUUGUGCCUCUAAUUCUCUGAGAAAGGGUGUUUGCUGCCGGUGCAUGGAAUUAUUCUGAAGUUGGGGAUAAGUCCCUUUGGCAUUUCUAGUUUGCGAAGGAGGGCUUUGUGGAGCAGUUCCUUGGUUCUGCAUUUGCCUGCCCCUCUGCCAUGUCAGUAAACCAAGAUAUUCUUCCAGAAGCAAAUUUUCCCACACUGUCUUUUAGGAUGGCUUUGGGCUGUGCAGAAGUUUGCAGAAUGGAUCUUCUAUUUCUCUAGGCAGAACGGGUCCAUGCCAUGCCUUCUGUAAGAUAUGGCCUCCGAUGGUAUCCCUGAUUGGCCGUUAAUCAACUAGGAUGCCAACUUUGAUGCUAUUUAGCACCUUGACAGCUUGGCAGUGGCAUGCCCACUUACUCCUCUGCAUGGCAUGAUUGAUCUUAACCUUGUGAAUGUGGCCUUGCUCUGAAGCGGUAUUUCUGUGCCUUCCCAUUGUUGCCUCUCUGCAGGAAAAGACAAGUAAUUCUCUGCCUUCUAAACAUUCAGGUGUGAAUGCUGUUAAAAUGCUGCACUAGGUUGUUAUUAGUUUAAAUCUCUUUAGGGCAUUGGGACCCAGUAAAGAUGCGCAUAACCAAGGUUUAACCUUCACUAAAAUAUUAACGUUCCCUUUUUGAUAUAAAAAUCUAUUUAGCAUCAUGAGCGAUUCUCUGCAAUGGAGUCAAGAAACUCUUAAGCUGAUGCAACAUAUCCAUGAUGAUGAUCUUUAGGUGGGCUGGGAUGGAUUAUUUGGAGUCUGGUGCUUCUUGCUGUUCCUUUCAGGACAAGGAGAGCUUAAAUUACGUGAAUAAAUGUUAUUUUUCUCUACUGAAGUGCCAUAGGAGUAUCUAGGAAGCCAAGUAGAAAUCUUAUUUCCACCCACUGGCCAUUUUAUUUAAUUUUGUUUAGUUUGACCCCAUUCUGAAACAAAUCAGCUCUAUUUUAUAUAAUGAUGAUAAUUCUGACCAGUGAUCCUUGUGUGUUCCAGUGCAGAGAAAGCGUGGCCUGCAUAUAGGACUAUGAUACUUCUGAGCUGCCCUCUCCGCCGUGUUGCCAAUACGAUGCUUGAGGGAGGGAGCUGGAUCGGGGGCCAAUCCGGCAUCCUUCUUACAAAUAGUAAAUGUAAAUUGUGCCUAGAGGCCCUGCAAACUGGUUGCUGUCACUGAAAAGCUGCCUUCACCUCUUCUUCCUUUAUACUCAGGAUAGAGAUUCUGCCUUUGACUUGUCAUUGAACCAUUCUCAGGGUAUGGAGUGGUGGCAGACACUCUCUUGGGCCUAAGGAAGGAAGUCAGGGAUGGUUUGGCACUAUCAGUGCAUCCAAAUGCUUUCUGAAUAUCAAGGAAAGCAUUGCUCUGUGUGUGUGAGUGUGUGCGUGUAAGAGAGGUAGGCCGGUAUGCUUGGUGGCCCUUAGGCCAUGAGGUGUGGUGGACCAGACUCUGCAGACCAACCCUUUUGUACUUGGCUGCCCAGCUUUGCAUAGAAUAUACUAACUCUAAUAUAAUGGUGCAAAGCCUUGUUUCCUUUUGGUGCUGCAGGGGCCAGUGGAGAAAGGGAUUUCUCUGGGUGGAGCUGAGGUCUGCUGUGGACUGUUUUGGCUGUACCAGUCCCACCAGCCCUAGCCAGAAUGGGUAGUGAUGAAGGGUCAAGGGUGGCAUUGUUCCCAAAACAGCUAGAAGGUUCCCUUUGACCCUUUUAAUGUGCUGGUUGGGGGUGGCGCCUACGCCUUAAUGCAGGAGGGGAACCUGAGACUGUUUGGUACUGAAACAUACACUGGCAACUGAUUUUCUAGUUUAAAGAAAUACAUUUGUAUGGCAACUAACAAAAGUUAUUUUUAAAUUAUGUAGAAAUAAAUUGUAAUAAAUC